AUGCCAACUCAAACAUUACUCGCCGGAAACUCGACAAAUAACACCACCACCAAAGCUCAAGACUAUCCGAUCUUCAAAGCCGACAAGGAUGGCAUCACUUCCUUGGCAAUUCUUGCAGCCAUCUUGGCCUUCUUCGUGGGAAUUAUACUCCGAGAUCUUCUUAACAAGAGACGCACUGGCGAAUUCAAGGAAGACAAGAAGAGUUGUGGAAAGUUUUUCCGGACACUUUUCUGUCUCCCAUGUCUGAUCUGUAGCAAGGACAACGUGAGGCGGCUGUGGAUCAAGUUAACCAAUCUCUUCCGCUCCAAGGACAACCAGCGCGUGGUGAAGAAGUCGGAUCAGAACGGAAUCGAACUGGAAGAGAGACCCGAGAGUGGGAAAUCCGUCGGGGGAUUUAAUGGUGCCUGGUCGCCCAAGAAGGCCUUUGUUUCAGAGAAAACUCAGAAGAGUUCCAAAGGCAAGGCCAUCGAUACUACCGUUCUCCCUAAAGUCACCGAGUUCAGCGUGGACCAUAACAAAGACGACGAAGGCUUCACGUCUACUCCUGUACACGGAGCCGGCACAAGGGCUGCCCGACAUGGUUCUACGGAACAUGAUAACACUUUGGGUGUCUAUAAUCACGGAGAUUUGUCCACCGAGAAGGCAGGUUCUAGCUCGGCAAACCACCACCACAGCGCUGGUUCGAGUUCAGCUUCAGCCGGCCGUAGCCAUUGGUGGUCAUCCGGUCAUGGCCAUGGCCAUGGCAAUAGCUACAGUCCCAGUCAUAGCAACUCCCAUAGUCAUGAUUAUGGAUCGCAUUCUCAUGAUUUCGGUCACACUGACUCGGGUGGUUUUGAUGGAUGUGAUGGCGGCGGCGACUAA